CGGAGCGUUUCCUCGGAAUGUUUUGGCAGAGCUGACAGCGGCUUGACCCGACUCCAGAGGAAGGGGGCUGUAGAAUUUGACGGAUCAGAACCAGAGCUGUGCCUGAGGACUAAGGAAGAUUCCGGCGAGACGAAGCAGUGAACUUGGGAGGAUGAUGGACAGCAUUGACAGAAAUGUAGACCACUGCAAUGUUAGCAACAACGCCACGUACAACAUGCUUUCCUGGAUUGUUGCUGGCCAGUUUGCGCUGGGUCUGCCUCUCAACCUGUCUGUCCUCUACAUCUUCAUCUUCAGGUUCAAGUUCUGGAAGAACAAGAGCAUCUUCCUUUUCAACAUUGUGGUGGCAGACUUCCUGCUGGUGGCAUGUCUUCCUGCCAAGGCCUACCACUACCAGCGGGGCCAGAGACGCAGUCCCAACUACAUCAUGUGCAAGACCAUGCUCUUUAUGGUCUUCCUCAACCGCGGCGCCAGCAUUGCCUUCCUGGUCAUGCUGUCCAUUGACCGCUACUUCAACGUGGUCCACCUGGGCAGGAGGAACUUUGUCAAAGUCCUGAAGAAGUCCCCCCAAAUCUCGGUGGUCAUUUGGCUGUUUCUGCUGCCCCUCACCAUCCCCACCAUGCUCAACACCUUUGAGUGCUGCAACAGCUACGGCCGAGUCAACAACACCUUCUCUCAGGACGUGACGGACACCUCCAGGGAGGUGGUCUUCUUCGCUGAAAUUCUCCUCCCUUUCAUCAUUCUGGUCUUCUGCACGGUGCGCAUCGUCCACCGACUGAGAAGGAAGACAGUGGGUGACAAGAGCAAACUGAGGAGAGCAUCAUAUGUGGUCACGUCCGUGGUGGUGCUCUUCUCCAUCUGUUUCCUGCCGUCCACCAUCGCCCGAGCGGUGCUGCUGGCAACACGGCUGGGGAUGAGGCCGGAAGCGGAGAAUGUGGCGGCUCAGGUGUACGACAGCCUCAUGGUUCUGUCCUACAUCGACUGCCUGCUUGACCCGCUGGUCUACUGCUUCUGUCACUCGGGUUUCAAGGACGCCUACGUCACCACCUUCUGUCCUGUCUUCCUGCAGAAGAGGCUGCUGAAAUUGGAGUUUAGCUCAGGAAUGGGAACAACGACCACCACAACAAGCUCUAGGGGGAGAACCCUUUCUUUGCCAAUGUUAGAUAAAUGACUUUAAUGACUAUCAUGAACAUUGAUUAUGAAAACGUGCCUAUGGAUAUUCUCAUUCAUCCAGGUCAUUGUGUUCUUAUGAAAACACAUCACAAUGUGUCUAUCUGACACAGUGACAUGCAGUCAGGGGAGGCAGGUGAGGCGGGGCCUCACCUGCCAUCAUGGAAAGAAAAAAAAUGUAAAAAGAAAAAAAAUGAAUUAAAUUGUUAUAUGUAUCCAGUGGUUAUACUAUAAAGUUAUUUUCCAUUUAACUUCACCAGUUUUAGAUGAUUUUUAUUCAAAAUCGCUGAAUUUUCACAUUUGCUGUUCAAAUACUGAGAAGAGACUUGCUGUGAUCAGCAGCCAGUUGAGGCACGUCACUCAGUUGAGCCUCACCAUGGAUUGCGGACUCGGCUAACUGCUGGCCUGCUGUGCAGUGAGACCGUAUUGCUAUAUGAAUUAUAUUAUACAUUUCCAUAGUUUAGUUAGCUGAGGUAUAUAAUGUAAAGUGUAUUUUUUCAACAACUGUAUGUGUGUAAAGUAUUUCUUGUGCUGAGCAAUCAUACAACUGCUGCGAAGACGCACUGGCUGAGGCUAGAAGUAAU